AUGGCCAUGAUCGCGGAUGUUUUCGUCUCCAAAUUGUGUGAGACGUUAUUAACCUAUGCGAAGGAAGAGGCUAUCAAGAUCUUGGGUGUGUCUGACGAAAUCAAGAAGCUCCAUAGGAGGCUGAAGAGGAUGCAGGCCGUUCUCGCUGAUGCAGAGAAUAGACGCUUCGACAACGAGGCCAUCAAACUUUGGCUGAACGAGCUGCGAGAUCUCAUGUACGAUGCAGACGACAUGAUCGAUGAAUGCUGGAUCGAGGGGGAGAAGUUUCUCAGCUCAAACUCAUCCUCAUCUCGUUAUACCGAGUCGGUAAAUUGUUGCUACCCCCCCAUUGCUUGCUUGCACAAAGUUGGAUUCCGUCAUGAGAUUGGCAAUAGAAUUAGGGAUCUCAUCCUUAAGCUUGAUGAACUUGCUAAGGACAAAACCGACCUCCAUCUUACAUCUGCUCCUCGUAAUGAUCGCUAUAAGAGUAAAAUUAGCCCCAAGACAUCUCCUGUACUUGUUGAGCCUGAUCUUGUGGGAGAAAAAAUUGAGGAUGAUACAAGGAGGUUGGUGCAUCUGUUGACAAAAGAAAAUAAGAAAAAAAUCCCGAUCUUUGCUAUUGUCGGCAUGGGUGGGAUAGGCAAAACUACUCUUGCUCAAAAAAUUUACAAUGAUGAGAAGCUUCGGGACAAGUUCAACCAAAUGCCACGGAUUUGGUUGUGCGUGUCCCAAGAUUUCUCCGAGUCCGUUUUGCUGAGAUCUAUCAUAAAGCAAGCUGGAGGUAAUCCUGGAGAUAAUGAGGAGAAGGAAGUGCUUGAACCUAUGCUUAGCGAAUUACUGAGGAACAAAAAAUUUUUUUUAGUCUUGGAUGAUGUUUGGGAUGCACAGGUAUGGGAUAAGCUAUUAAGAAACCCCUUACAUAGUGGUUUGGUGGAUAGUAGAAUUUUGAUAACAACUAGAAAUAUAAAUAUUGCUCAACAGAUGGGUGCCAUACACACUCAUAUGGUGGAUAAGUUGUCUCGAGAUGAUGGUUGGUCACUAAUUUGCAAGAUGGUCUUUGAGGAAGGAGAGGAAGGAGAAAGGGGGGUGUUAAGGGAUGUCGGGAUGAGAAUUGUAGAGAAAUGUGAUGGCCUUCCCCUUGCUCUUAGGACGAUUGGAGGGGUUCUUCGAACUAAGGCGACAAGGCAAUCAGAGUGGGAAAAGGUCCUUUCUAGCUCAGCAUGGUCUUUUACUAAGCUUCCGGAUGGGGUGAUGGGUGCUUUGUACUUGAGCUAUCUGCAUUUGCCACCUCCUCUCAAGCAGUGCUUCACUUUCCUUUCAUUAUUUCCCGAGGACCACCUAAUUACUCAAGGUUCUUUCAUCAAUAGUUGUAUUGCAGGGGGCCUUGUAAUAUUCGAAGACAAUACACCCUCGGAAGAUGUGGCAGAAGGAUAUUGGAAGGAGUUGGUGCAAAGGAACCUCUUACAGCCAGAUCCUAAAUAUUAUGAUCAAUCAGUUUGCAGGAUGCAUGACCUCUUGCGAUCUCUAGCUCAGCAUAUAGCAGGAAAUGAGUGCUUCGUCGGAGAUGCACAAGCAUUUGAUCACAAGAUCAUGUCCUCCUCCUCAUCAUCAUCAUCAAUAAAAUUACGUCAUUUAUCAAUUGUAGAUGAAAAAUUAGAAAUCAUACCAGAUUUUAUAAUGGAACAGAUAUCCUUGAGGAACCUGUCAUUCUUCCAUACCCCACUUAUUCGUGAUCUUCCCGAAGAUCUCUUCAAAAUGCUAAGGAGUUUAAGGGUCCUGAACUUAAGUGAAACUGCCAUUUCCAAUCUCCCAACUUUCUUGGGAGAUCUUAUACACCUUAGACUUCUUGAUCUCUCUGCUACUUCAAUAAGAGAGAUACCAGAUAGCAUAAGGAAUCUUAGAAAUCUCCAAUUCCUGUUUCUCGAUGGUUGUAAAUAUUUGCACAACCUCCCAAAUGGUGUCGUGGGGUUAAUCAAUCUAAGGGGUCUAGACGUUCGGGAUGCACCACUUGAUGGUCUACCUGUGGGAAUAGGGAGCCUGAAACAACUACGCUCACUUGGGGGAUUUGUGGUGAGUGGUAGCGAGGGCUGCAAAUCUGGAGUGGGAGAGGGUGACAGGGAGCAGGAGCACAAGGGACAUCAACACGGGAGAUUCUGCACCUUGGAGGAGUUGAAAUCCCUGUCCCAGCUCCAGGGUUUGACAAUAGAAAACUUGGAGAGGGUAUCCAACAGGGCUGAAGCAAAAGCCGCUGCACUUCAAGCCAAGCCCCAUCUUAUCAGACUAGAUUUGUAUUGCAAGCAAUUGAGCAGCUCUUCUGAUGUGCAGCAGCCUCGUGCAAGUAAUUACGAUGAGGAAGAUAUCAAGAGAAUAAGGGAGGUAUUCGAGGAGCUCUGCCCACCGCCAUGCAUUGAAAUACUUUCAAUCCAUGACUACUUCGGCCGUGAGUUUCCCAGCUGGAUGAUGACACGUUCCUCGUCAUCGCUCCCUCGCCUGCGAUGGCUGGAACUGAGUAGUUGUGCUCUAUGCCAGCAACUUCCACUCUUGGGAAUGCUACCACAACUAGAUUACCUCUGGAUUGAAGGUGUUUCUGCAGUCACGAGCAUCGGGCCUGAAUUCUUCUCCUCCUCCUACUUCCCCAGGCUAGAGAAACUUAUAUUUGAAGACAUGCCUAAGUUGGAAGAAUGGUGGUGGGAGGAGGACAACCGCACAACAUCGUUGCUACCUUCUCUCAAGGAAAUAAGCAUUAUUGGAUGUCCGAAGUUGAAUUCUCUUCCGGAGAGCCUUCUCUGCCAUGCCGCCGCCUUGCAGGAGUUAUAUAUGACUGGUGCCCACAGCCUGAGAGAAAUCCAAAACCUUCCCUCUCUUACAAAAUUGAUCUUGGAGCACAACUCAAGUUUGGAGAGAGUGUCCAACUUUCCUAGACUCAAACAAUUAAUUGUUGUGGAUUGUGAGAAAUUGAAGGUUGUGGAGGGUGUGGAUGCCGUGGAGCACAUAGAGCUCAAUGAUCGAGAAGUAGAGUCUCUUCCAGAGUGGUUAGCAGGUGCUGGUGAAGAACAACCGCGUUUCCCUUCCCUCCACAAGUUGACUCUCAAAAACAAAAUCGGUCGCCGAGGGCUGCCUGAUUGGCCUCUAAUCUGAUGACACAGCACCCACCUCAUAUUGAAGCAAUCAGCAAGUAUGGGCCAACGACAAUCAAUUGUACAAGAAAAAGCAGCUUCAGCAAGCCAGGGAUGGAUGUUAUACUACUCGGCAAUUGUUUGAUAUUUUGCAUCAUUCUCGUCCUUUUAGCUUUUUGUGCAGAACUUCGACCCAGGGACUGCAGUAAGACGGAAGAAAAGCCUGUCCUGCCCCAGAUGAUAUUCAUGGCAAUUCCUUACAUUAACUGGCUACCGGAUGAUAAUUAAAGAUCUAUCAAGUUGUUUGUUUUUACACCCUUCCUUCAGCUUUUGUAUGAUCUAAAAGGCCCAACAGGUCAGCUGAAAUCCCUUGUUUCUAGAGACUCCUCUCAAAUUACAUAAUCUAUGGUCCUAAUUCCGAAAACCACCGGCUGCUAACAUGCAUUAAUCAACAAUUACUAAUUAGUAGAAUCAAGACUAAACCUCUUUCUUGUUCUCGUGCAGAGAAAGGAUCGAUGACCCCAAGAUGAUGGUGUUCCAAACUUCAUUAUUUCACCUGCUUGGCCGGAAGAAGUUAGCAUCAUGGACAAAACCUCAUGAGAUCAGUGUAUCAUACUAGGGAGUAUUAGACAUUGGAAAGAUGCGAAUGAAAGUAUGCAGCCUGCGAGCAAGUACAUUAACGAAUUCUGGGACCAUUUAUUUUGGAGAUUUGACUGCGGAAAUCAUGUUCGACGUAUUAUUACCACAUUUGGAUGGACAAGGAUUAGAAAGAAAUGACAUUUUUUAGAAUGUAUUUGUAUGAAUGCAUGAGCAGAUGGAUUCAUGAAUACAUAAACCAUAUUUUGUACUCUGAUGUGGGAGCAUGUAAUAGCAGAAUUCUCUCAAUUUCUUCAAGCAUUCCGCAAGAUUUUUCUAAAGCAAAUUAGCAUUCGAAAACAUGAGGUCAUGCUUGUCUAUGUAACAAAAAUGUGAUAGAGAAAACAUGUUGUAUGUCUAUGAUCUAUUGAAAGAAUUUUUUUGAUC